AGGAAGCAGCUGAGGAUGCUGGGAGAUUUUCACCAUGAUGAAGAUGAGGAUGACGAGGAGGAGGAGCUCUGACGUCAUGCUGUCUGUCCGCAGUGCCGCUGUGUGAAACAACAAACCAACAAACAGCUGGAAGGAUUUUACUUUGACUCCUCUCCUCCUCCUCCUCCUCCUCCUUCUCUCCUCCUCCUCUCUUUGUCUCCAUGCGGGUCUCUGUCCCGCACCGACGCGACCAGCGGGCCUUCCUGUAGCCGCCGCCCCGGCCUCCCUCUCCCUCCGGCCGGCCGGCGUGUGCUCGUAGCUCGGCCCCGCUCAGGGUGGCCCGGGUCCCGGGGAGAGAUGCUGUAGAGCGGCCGGCGGAGGAGAUGCCUCUCCCGGACUGAAGCGAGCAGAAAGCAGCGGAGGAUCGCAGGAAGAUGUCCGGCAGGAAGCCUCUGACCCCGGUGAGCGAGAGAGAGUCCGAGCAGACGAAGACCUCAGAUGGCCUCCCUGAGCCGCCGGCCCCGCCCACUAAGUCAUCGAGUCGCCACAGUCUGCUGCCGAGUCGCAGCGCCGCGACAUGCGCCGCAGACGAGCAGCCGCACGUCGGCAACUACCGCCUGCUGAAGACAAUCGGCAAGGGCAACUUUGCCAAAGUCAAACUGGCCAAACAUACUCUGACCGGCCGAGAGGUUGCCAUCAAGAUCAUCGAUAAAACUCAACUGAACCCCACCAGCCUGCAGAAGCUCUUCAGGGAGGUCAGUGUGAUGAAGAUCCUCAACCACCCCAACAUCGUGAAACUGUUCGAGGUGAUUGAGACGGAAAAAACUCUGUAUCUGGUGAUGGAGUAUGCCAGCGGAGGUGAGGUCUUUGACUACCUGGUGGCUCAUGGACGGAUGAAGGAGAAGGAGGCCAGAGCAAAGUUUCGUCAGAUUGUGUCAGCAGUGGAGUACUGUCACCAGAAGAGGAUCGUACACCGAGACCUCAAGGCGGAGAACCUGCUGCUGGACGCCGACAUGAACAUUAAGAUCGCAGACUUCGGCUUCAGUAACGAGUUCACGCUGGGCAGUAAGCUGGACACCUUCUGUGGCUCUCCUCCCUACGCUGCUCCUGAACUCUUCCAGGGGAAGAAGUACGACGGGCCGGAGGUGGACGUCUGGAGUCUGGGAGUGAUUCUGUACACGCUGGUCAGCGGCUCGCUGCCCUUCGACGGACAGAACCUCAAGGAGCUAAGGGAGCGUGUUCUCAGAGGAAAGUACCGGAUCCCUUUCUACAUGUCGACUGACUGCGAGAACCUGCUGAAGAAGCUGUUGGUGCUGAACCCAGGGAAACGAGGCAGCCUGCAGCAAAUCAUGAAGGAUCGAUGGAUGAACGUCGGCUACGACGAGAAGGAGCUGAAAACGUACAACGAGCCAGAACAAGACUUCAACGACCUCAAACGCAUCGAGCUGAUGGGGACAAUGGGCUUCCCUCAGGAGGAAGUGAAGAAGGCACUGGAGGGUCAGAAAUACAACGAGGUGACAGCGACGUACCUGCUGCUGGGGAGGAAACCUGGAGAGUUUGAAGCCAGCGAGUCCUUGUCCAGCGGUAACCUGGUUCAAAGGUCACGACCUAGCAGUGACCUCAACAGCUCGGGCCAGUCCCCAGCCCACUCUCGCAACACGCCGGCCGGUCAGAAGCAGCGCCGUUUCAGCGACCACGUGGCGCCCUCUAUCCCCCCGCCUGUCUCCUACACCAAGCGUUGCCAUGCCAACAGUGUGGAGAGCGACAGGAAGGACGAGCCGGCAUCACCCACGGGAGCGCCAGACCGCAGGAGGUCAGCCACCGCCUCAGGGAGCAUCACUCGCAGGAACACAUACGUUCACGAGAGGACGAGCGCUGAACGCCACUCAGUCGCUCUCCCCAAUGGGAAGGACAGCAGUUUACCUGAGGUACCUGCAGCUUCCCCCUUGCCCUCACCGGGGGCCACCAUCUCCUCCACUCGCCCCCGCCACGUGAAGUCCAUGUCGGCGUCGGGACAUCCAAUGAAGUCCUGCCUGCCCCCCAUCGACGACAACGCCGAAUAUCAGAGCUCCCCCCAGCAGCCUCCGGCAUCGCCUUCGGCCUACAGCGUCACCAGCAGCAGCAGCACCACGCCGGACCGGACCCGGUUCCCCCGCGGCUCGUCCAGUCGCUCCACCUUCCACGGAGCACAGCUUCGAGACCGACGACCCGCCACUUACAACGGCCCUCCGGCCUCGCCCAGCCUGUCCACGCACGCCGCCGCUUUGCUGGCCACGCCUCGCCGCGGCACCUCCACCUCGCUCAUUGGGAAGAUCACGUCCAAGUUUGUACGCAGGAGUUUUUCAGGCGAGCCCAAAGAGGAGGGCCGGGACUCGAAGCCUCGAGCCCUGCGCUUCACCUGGAGCAUGAAGACCACGUCCUCCAUGGAGCCGGGGGACAUGAUGAAGGAGAUCCGGCGGGUCCUGGACGCCAACAACUGUGACUACGAGCAGCGCGAGCGCUACUCUCUGUUCUGCGUGCACGGCGACGCCCGGCAGGACAGCCUGGUCCAAUGGGAGAUGGAGGUGUGUAAGCUGCCCCGCCUCUCGCUAAACGGCGUCCGCUUUAAAAGGAUCUCUGGCACAUCCAUCGCCUUUAAAAACAUCGCCUCCAAAGUGGCCAACGAGCUCAGAUUGUGAACCACUUCCUGUUGUGACCCAAGGAGGAUGCCACGCAGGGCCAACUGCUGUAUGACUCUGAGAAAAUGCACAUUAUUAUACUCGACACACUUAAUAUUUAAUGUUCUCACUAAAUGUUUGCCAGUGAAACCAAAUAUUAAAGCUGAUGGUGCAGCAGAUGAAACCACCUUUUCUCCAGCUGAUCACUGUUUACAUGCACUUCAGGUCCAGCUGCACAAAGCAUCUUCAUCUCCUCCUCCAGUCAGAAAAUGUCCAGCUCGUCACAGCUCUGUUAGAGACUCUACCGUUAAACUUUCUCUCAGUCGGCUGAAGAGAAGAAAAGAGGGAAAAAAAGCUAUCAUUCUAGAAGACUUUAGUGACAGAAAGAACAAACUAAGUCAAAUUUAUCCAAAAAUAACAAACAUGGAGCAACGAAUGUGGACGAAACUGCAACCAGAAUAAAUUCAACAGGAGUUAAUAAAUCUGACAGUUUAUCUGUUCUGGUCAAAAAAGAGAAACUAAUCCCAGGAAGGAUCCACCAGAACAGGUCCAAUAACGUUUAACUGCAGUUAACUUUCACGGCUGCAGAAUCACAGGGAAAUUUAUACUUUUGGUUCUUUUUGUAUUUAGUCUGGUUUGAUUUCACAGAGCAGAAAUGUGAGUGGACCAAAUGAAAAAUAAAAAAGAUUUGCAGAGGGUUGUGUACAGAUGCAGCUGGUUGGAAAUAAAGAAAGCAACACGGAGCUGAACGCUGCAUAAGAAUCUGUUUCUUUACCUCGACUCCACUCUGAUCUGACCUGCACCGGUCCUUUCUCCUCCGCUCUCCAGGCACUUUAUAAACCUCUGUGUUCUGUGACUUUACUCAGCGUCUCCCGUCUGUGUUCAGUAAACAACAGGCAUUUUUUCUCUCGUAAAUUUGAGAUUUUUUUCAUAAUUUUUUUAAACUUUUUUUCUCACCAAUCAAUGGGAAAAAAUUCACAAAUUUACAAGAAAGAAGUUACACAUUUUCAACAUAAAAUAACAAUUUUACAAGAAUAAAACCCCGGGAAAACACUAAAACAUUUUUUAGAAAAAGCUCACAUUUACACGCACUAAAACCGAGACAUUUAUGAGAAAAAGGUUUUUUUGUAUACUUGUGAUUUUUUCUCAAACUUUUUUUUGUUAAUUUUUAACAUUUUUCCACUAAAUAAGUGAUUUUUUUUUUCUUGUAAAUUUGUGAGUUUUUUCUGGUGUGUGGGUUUUUGUGUGGUGACCUUUUGACCAGUCAGCCCUCUCCCAGUCCUGUUAAUCUGUCUCACAGCUCGUUCUGCUGCAUGUCCUGUAACUGGGUCGGAUCAUGUCACAGUGACCGAACCGCUCAAGGGUCCCAAACCAAACGGAACAAGGAUUUAACCAGCAGAGUUCCACUGAGACGGACUAAACUUUGGGCUUUGAAGGCGUCCAUAGUUCCAGCUCCUCAUUAGGUUCGUCUCACUGUCAAGAAAUCUCUGCAGGCUGCAGAAUAAACAUGAGUAUUUAAUUAUUGCUGAGGGAUGUUGAGCUCCUCUGUGCAACACUUUAACACACCUGAACACAUUGAUCAGGACCAGACCAAGAGAAGGAGGAGACUGGAGGAGGUUCUGUGCAACAGAUUAUAUUUGAAGGUUUUCAUUUAAAGGACAGUCUUUGUGCAGCCGGGCUCUGAUUCUUCCACAAGAUGUGACCUGAACCUGUGGACUUUGUGACUGGGUGAAGCUAAAUUAGCUGUAAGCUGUUGAGGGAAAUAAAAGUCUGUUCUAAUAUACUUUAAGUGCAUGUGAGUUUAUUACCUGAUCUGAAGUGCAUGUAAACAGUCGGUGACCUCUGCAUCUCUCCUGGUGUCUCAAACAAAACUUUACAUGCUGCAAUCCCAAAAUAUUGAGGCUGUGGUUAUAAAAACUGGUAAAUUAAUCCAAAAGUUUAGUAAGCAGACGCUGCAAGAUGUGGAUGUUUGUAGCGUUUGAAGCACUAAUUCAUCCGCACAGUAAAUUAUUAAUAAUCAUUAUUGAAACACAAAACCCUGAAAACCAUGUUUCCUUUUUUAAACACUUCCAACAGAAAAAGAUCAGAAGCUUAAAAUUGUGUCAAACAAUAAACCAGAUGGUGUAAAACAAUCAAUCAAUAAAUCAAAAACAGGACUUAUGUAUUUAUGACGGUUUAGGCCGUACCUCGAUCUCCACACGCUGACAGAUGUUCGGCUCCACAGAAACAUCUGGCACGCCGUCGGUGGAAAAUGUCUGUUAAAUUUCCAGGAACUUUCCAUGGGAAGUUCAACCGGGGAAUAUUGGAAAUAUUCAAAAUAAAAAAAACAUGACAUUUCAACAGAUUUAUUAAAUUUUUUUUUAUUUCAUUGAACAACAAAAACUAGUUCUGGGAAAACAUAUUUUUAGUCCCAUUAAUUCCUGGUUUCAGCCACCAGGGGGCGGAGCUUAUAACAAUAUCUGCUCUUUUGAGGGGAUUUUAAUAUUUUUUUUCAUGUGUGAAUAUUAAGAAUUAAAUUGCUCUUUGAAAGGGUUUACGUGCAUUAUAUUCCUGUUUUGUUAUGAUUAUAUCAGCGGCAUUAAUUGCAAUAAUAAUGUUAACGCAAUAAUCUAUAGGACGAUUGGUCGUCUGACAGAAACAGUUGUGUUGACAGGUUAGUGUCUGUAAACACUGAAGGCCUGCUGAACGUGCUGCUGUGUGUUCAGACCAAAGCAGCAGUUUCUCUGUAUAUGUUGGUCCGGAGGGUUCUCCGUCACUCCUGAAAGUGGAGAACACGGUUCUGUUCGUUGUAGCUCUCAAACCCACAAAAAGCCUCCUCGCUGUCUGAUGGGAGAGAGGAGCGAGUAUGGCGCUGCCUUCAUGUCACGUGGGAAAGACUGCAAAUCUGAGCGCCUUACUUGAACGUAGCCUUGCCCUCAGCUCUCAGACAGCAACCAUGUGACCAACCGACCGCCGCUUCAUCGGCUCGUCGUCAACAGGACUGUAGCAGAAGUCCAGCGGAGCCGUCAUGGAUUCAUUUUAAAUAAAAACCACACAAACUAAA